GGUUGGAAGGUGCGGGAGCCGGGCGGCUCCACCCGCCGCAGGAGGGCGGUGCCCGGGGCCAGGUCCCGGAGGUGAGGACCGGCUUCAGUGAGACGAUCAUGGCAGCUCGGGCCGGACAGAGGGCCCUGAGAAAGGUGGUUUCGGGAUGCCGUCCAAAGUCGACAGCAGCGGCCGGAACCCCGGCUCCAGCGCAGGGGCCUACCCGGAACAUCAGAUAUUUAGCUUCCUGUGGUAUACUGAUGAGCCGAACUCUUCCACCACCUACCGUAGUUUUGCCUAAGGAGAUAUAUGCAAGAACUUUCUUCAGAAUUGCUGCGCCAUUAAUAAACAAAAGAAAAGAAUAUUCAGAGAGGAGAAUUAUAGGAUAUUCUAUGCAGGAAAUGUAUGAUGUGGUAUCAGGAAUGGAGGAUUACAAGCAUUUUGUUCCUUGGUGCAAAAAAUCAGAUGUAAUAUCAAAGAGAACUGGAUACUGCAAAACACGAUUAGAAAUUGGGUUUCCCCCUGUGUUGGAGCGCUAUACAUCAGUGGUUACCUUGGUGAAACCACAUUUGGUCAAGGCAUCCUGUACCGAUGGGAAGCUUUUCAAUCAUUUGGAGACUAUUUGGCGUUUUAGCCCUGGUCUUCCUGGCUACCCAAGAACUUGUACCUUGGAUUUUUCAAUUUCUUUUGAAUUCCGCUCCCUUCUACACUCUCAGCUCGCCACACUGUUUUUCGAUGAAGUUGUAAAGCAGAUGGUAGCUGCCUUUGAAAGAAGAGCAUGUAAGCUGUAUGGUCCAGAAACAAAUAUACCUCGGGAAUUAAUGCUCCAUGAAGUUCAUCACACGUAAAGGGAAAAAAGAACUGGUCACCUGUUUGUAACUUUAGUUUAUUCACUUGUAGGAAGUGCUUUUAUCAUUUGCUUUCAGAAGUUCGAAAGCAUUUGUUAAACCCAGAUUUGAUUAUAAACCUACACCGUUGAGAAUUUGCACUUGGAAUAUGGAACCACGUGUACACAGAAUUCAAUCAAGUGUAAUUCAAAGUGAUAUGUAUAUUAGUACAUUUACAAUAAUGGGGUGUCAUCACUCUUAACCAGAAAUUGAAACUGUAAAUUUAAACCGUAUAAUUAUGACCUUACCUGAAGGGGGUUAGUUGAGAUACUCACACAGUAUGUAUCGUAUUAACCAUUAUCACCUUUAAGUUAUUAAAUUCAGACUAUUUAUAACUUAUUAUCAUAGGUCCUGCCUCUUGGCUUAGGAUAUUUGAGUAAUCAUCAGAUAUUUAAAGUAGAAACUUUACUUUAAAAUACUGUUAAUGAAGGUUCCUUGACACUUUUCUUAUUUUUAAAUUGUUCGUAUUUGUACUAGGUAAUUCAGUGCUAUAUGUAGUGAGACUGACUCCCAGAUUAAACAGUGACUAUGGUUUGGUGAGUGGUCCAGAGCUUGAGGCUACUUUUCUUGUAGUUUGCAGCCCUCUCAGGUACUCUGACUGCUUUUUCAGUAAGGCUGAUUACGUGUCAGAUUUUGUCUACUGCGGUGGGUAACAUAUGAAGAUAAGUUGGUAUAUGUCUCCAGCACCACGCAUCCCUAUUUUCUAUUUAUUUGUGUAUUCACUUGCAAUAAUGUAUUUCAGACAUAUUUUUGUAAACAAAUCAGUGUCUAAGGACUGAAGUAGUAACUUAAUAAAGAUAAUUUGUUUAUUUUUUGUAUUGUUA